GUGGAAAAAGAGGUCGACAAACAAAACAAAAAAAGGGACUCUGGAGAGAAACACAUUUUGCACGGUGCGAGAUGGCGAGCUCAGUGACGCUGCUUCUAUGGAGUCUUCUUCUUCUCGGAACCCUAAGCGCUAUUGAGGCCAAAAAGUCGAAGGAGAAGGAAAAGCUAAAGGAGAUCACACACAAGGUUUAUUUUGAUGUAGAAAUUGAUGGAAAAGAAGCUGGUCGUAUUGUCAUGGGUCUAUUUGGCAAGGCAGUCCCCAAAACUGCAGAGAAUUUCCGAGCUUUGUGCACAGGGGAGAAAGGAAUAGGUAAGAAAGGGAAGGCUCUACAUUACAAGGGGAGUUCGUUCCAUAGGAUCAUACCAAGCUUUAUGCUUCAAGGAGGCGACUUUACACAUGGAAACGGAAUGGGAGGAGAAUCUAUCUACGGUGAGACGUUCGCUGACGAGAACUUCAAACUCAAGCAUACUGGUCCAGGAUUUCUAUCAAUGGCAAACGCCGGUGAAGACACCAAUGGAUCGCAGUUUUUCAUCACGACUGUAACAACAAGCUGGUUGGACGGGAGGCACGUAGUGUUCGGGAAGGUAGUGACGGGAAUGGAUGUGGUUUACAAAAUCGAAGCUGAGGGGAAUCAGAGUGGAACUCCUAAGAGUAAAGUUGUGAUUGUGGACAGUGGUGAGCUUCCUCUCUAACUCAACUCUCAUGGAGUUUUCUCCAUUGAUGUGAGCUUUAGUGCUUGAUGAUUUACUUUUUUUUUGUUUAAACGACUCUCUUAGCCACUUAUGCAACGUUCUACCAUUCUGACUUUUUUAUGAAUAUUCUGCCUGUUUAUAACUCAAGCAACAUUAAAAAUAGAAUUUAUGUCUAUGUCUGAUGCACAAAUGUCACCGUACAAUGUUCUUCACCGAUGAGCCUAGAAGA